CCCCUUUCUCUUCUUUAUUGAUAUCUCAGAUAUUGAAAUUCAGAUUGAUUUUCCCAGAAAUUCUUUCACUUGAUCUUUAGCCGUUGUUGCUUGCAAGACGAUCAAGAUCCUAAUGGAGACUCCAUCAUCAGCAAGAAGAGUCACUAGAUCGCAGGCUAUCUUUUCAAUCAGUAACUCUGAUUCUGACUCUAAAAUUCCCUUUUCAUUAGGCAAAACAGAGGAUUCGGGAAUCUGUCAAAGGAAGAACAUCAACGCACAAGAAGACAGAUCUGCACUAAUCGACAUAACCAACGACUCACCGAUCGUGGGUCUAGCGAUUCAGACGCCUCCUUCAGGGUUCGUGAGUAAGAGGAAAAACAGCAGAAUCAAGAGCACGCCUGGUUCUGGUGAAGCCCUUUUGAGAGGACAAGUCAAAAACCUUUUGCAAAAGGUCGAAGAAGGAACAGAGUUUAUCCAUUCAAUAAAGACUCUCCCUUUCGUCCACCUCGUCACUUCCCCAAUGAGACUUCUCGCCCCAACUCCAGCAAACACUCCCCAGUUUCCCAGCUUCUCAGAUGAUGAAGCGCAGAUUAGGAUCGCGUCUCCGGUUGUUGCGGGCGAUUUGAGAACCUCUCAAGUCAGCUACUUUAACGGGACUUUGAUGGAGAGUGAGACAUUUAUCGAGGAGGAAGAAGAGUGUUGGAGCGUAAGUCGUUCUUUGCUGCCUGACUUCAAGAAUACGUCAACGUUAUGGGAGGACGACGAGGAAGAAGAAGAAGAUGAUGAUGAUGAGCUGUGUGAAGGAAUGAAGAAGAUGAGUGUGGCGACAAGUCAAGCUGAAUUUGCAGGGAAACAUAGCAGAUUUGUGUACAGCAGCGAGGAUGAGGAGAUCUUAGAGGCCGAAGAAGUUUUGCACCUGAAAGGGAUUCCAACUCCAAGAGGAAAGCAUUUCAGGUUUGCUACUGAAGAAAAAGACGAAGAAGACGAAUCUUCUUCUCUGUAAUCAUAUCAUUCAUGACCCCAAAUUCUAUUGGGCUACUUUGUAUCGGUCACGAAGGAGUGAUCCGAAUUGCUUCUUGUGUUUGUUUUUGUGAUUUUGAGCCCAAUAAAGGCCCAUUAACGAGACGAAUAGGAGAAAGGUCGUUGUCGAAAUGAGGAUGGAUUUGAUUUAAUUUGGUGGUAGCAAAAAACUAAC